AUGACGGGUCUCAUGGACCUCCCGGUGGAAAUCCUGACCAUCAUCUUUCACCAACUUCAAGAUAUCAGAACCGUCUUGUCCUUAUCGGCGACCUGUAGUGAACUCCAGCAGAUCUGGCGCCGCAGUACCACCUCCAUCACCUCCGCGGCGCUCCCUUUCACACAUGAUCACCUGCUAGCUUUUCUCGAAUUGGCCAAACUCGAGGCAGCAACUACGCACGGAAAGACAUCAUUAACAUCGUCGUCGUCGCGGGAAAAAGGGGAGGAGGAUAACGAUGAUGAUGAUGAUGUUGAUGAUGAUGAUGAUGAUGAUGAUGAUGACCUCGACCUCAACGCCUCAAUGCGCAAGUUCCUCUCCUCAAUCGAACCAUCCGCCUUCGCCAUCACCACCAUCCUCCAAGCCUGGGCGAGCCAAGCCAUCUACGAGGUCAACCCUCGCGUCCUCCUCGGCUACCAAUCCACCAUGGGCUACCUCUACUGGGAAGACGGAAACCUGGCCGAUGGAUGUGGCCCGAUCCCAGACUUCCACGAUUGCGCCCGCCACUUCCUCCUGCUGCGGCGGUUGAGCGCCGCCUACGAGCACCCCCUCACCCGCCCGGCCGUCUACGCCGACCUGCACGGCCUCUCGCCGGCUGCCUUCGACAUCUUCUACCGCGUGGUCAAAUUCUUCGAGGACGACUCCCUCGCGCCGCAUUACCCCCGCAUGGGCAUCGGCCCCGUCGAGGACGAGCCGACGUGGAAAUCAUGGGACCACCUGCGGGUGGAACCCAGCGAGAGCGUCCUGCCCAUGGCCUGGGACUUCGCCGUCCACGUUGCCGUCCUGGAGUCCCUGUGGCGGCCCGUCACCGACGAUUCCCCCUUUGAGGAAUCCUUCCUCCUCGAGGCCUGGGAGGGCUUCGUGGUGGAGUUCGGGCGGAAGUGUGCAAGACUGUUGUUCGGUGAUGCCGGCAUCCCGUGGACGGAGGAGAGAAGGGCGGCUGCGCGGAGGAGGAGCUAG